UGGAAAGAAAGAAAGAAAGAGAAAAAGGUUGACGUUUUUCUCUAUCUAUUCUAUCGUCGUUAGUCCGUCAGUUUCUUUUGAUGGUGCGGAGACGUCUUAGCGAUUUUCAAUGGGAAGAAGAAUAACCAGAGAUUAAGAAAAAAACCACAGAUAAGAACCUUUCCCACAAGACCCGUCUUCAAAAGUUCUCUUCUUUUCCCCUUUUGACCAUCGCAUUGCAUGCUUUACCCGAUUGGGAAGUUUCUUGUUUUAUUCCCUCUUUACGCAUUCUUACGGAUCUAAUCUUGUGGGUCACUUGAAACUUAGCGUUCCAUUUUCUUUUUUCGUCAAUUCAUGGCUGCUUACGCGAGUUAUCUCCGGUUAGCACGACUUGGGACGAGUCCAGGUGUAAAUCUGUCGACUUUCAGAUCAAUCACUUCUCCAAACCCGACGACAUUUGACAGGAGUACUCUGUUCGAUCACCACCACCACGACAUUCGUUCUUCUCUGUACAGACAACCCCACGCCAGACUCAUUUCUCAACUUGUCAAAACCACCAAUGGCAAACGUUUGCAUCUCGUCGAUACACUCGCCUUGGUUAGGAGCUUAGAAGCACAAGGACUACCUUCAAAGCAAGCAGAGGCAAUAACUGGUGCUAUAACUGAAGUUCUGAAUGAUAGCUUAGGAGUUGUUUCUCAGUUGGUUGUUUGCAAGGGAGAGAUGCAGAAGGCUGAAAUGACACAGGAAUCAAACUUAUCCAAGUUCAAAAGUGAAAUCAACAGCUCACUGGACCACCAUUUUUCUUUGCUGCAACACGAGAAUGAGAAACUCCGCAAUGACAUUGAGCGAAUCCGCACUGAUAUAAGGCAUGAGAUAGAUAAAGUCACUGCAGGACAACGGUUGGACCUGAAUCUCGAAAAAGGGAGGAUAAGAGAUGAGCUGACAAAUCAAAACUCCGAAACCUCUAACCUUACAAACAAGCUUGAUCGUGAGAUUCACACUUUGAGAGCGCAACUGGAAGCGGCCAAGUACGAGGUGAUCAAGUAUUGUAUCGGUACACUUGUCUCCAUCUCAGCCGUUGGUCUUGCCGUCCUCCGUAUUGUCAUGUAACUCCCAUAGCUGACCAACUCCAAUCAUCUUUGCUGCUUUUUUUCAAGUCUAGGAUGAAAUCUUGGUCUCUGUUCUCUCCAUCUUGUGAAUUAUUCCUAUGUUUUAAUGUAAUUUGAUUUCUUUAUUACAAUAUAUGACAAAAGAAAGAAAAGUAUAACCAAUCUUUGAGAUUUGAGAUCAAUGUAUAUGCUUAUGUUUAUGCUUAUGUAUAUGAAUAGUAUAGUACAGUAUACAUACAUUGUUAUUUUGUAUGUGAAAAGUGUUCUUG